GUGACAUUCCUCCGCGAGCACUCGCUACGGACACUUGUAAUUAUCUCUGUUAUUUAUUUUUAACCAUCCACGGUAAAUAUUUAUUUUUUUUAAGACCAAUACUCAGACUUUGUUGUUUUCAAUAUUAAUUAUAAUUAAUAAUAAAAAAAUCAAAAAGUGAUUUAAGUAACAAGUGACUUUAUUGGGAAAACAAUGCCUUUCUUGGACACUAGGAAUGGAAAUGGCCUGGAUGAUAAAUCCAAUGAAAACGAGUUUCUCAAUGCAGUUGUCAAACAUGUUCCUCAUUCAACGUACUCAUUUGAAGCAUUACAAGAAACAGCGCGGUAUCUUUUGGACCGAACAUCGAUUCGACCCAAAAUAGGAAUUAUUUGCGGCUCUGGAAUGAGCGAAUCUGAGCAUAGUGAGUUGUGUCCAGGUUCGAUCGCGGAAUCAUUGACUCAGCAGCAGAUCUUCCCCUACGAGGAUAUCCCGCACUUCCCCAAAUCCACGGUCAAGGGCCACGUCGGCCAGAUGGUUUUUGGAUACUUGCAGGAUGUUCCGAUAAUGUGCAUGCAAGGCAGAUUUCAUUACUAUGAGGGAUAUCCUCUCUGGAAGUGCGCAAUGCCCGUGAGAGUAAUGAAGCUGAUUGGAGUUACACAUUUGAUAGCAACAAACGCUGCCGGAGGAUUGAACUCCAACUACAAAGUCGGAGAUAUAAUGCUCGUCCAAGAUCACCUCAACAUUAUGGGAUUCGCGGGUAAUAACCCCUUGCAAGGGCCCAAUGACGACAGAUUCGGGCCACGGUUUCCGCCGAUGAAUAAAGCUUACGAUCGUGAGCUUCUCAAAGUCGGACAGGAAGUUGCCGAAGAAAUGGGACUAUCAGAUAUUGUUCACAGAGGAGUUUAUACUUGCCUUGGUGGACCUAGUUUUGAAACAGUUGCUGAACUUAAAAUGCUGAGGAUGAUUGGAAUUGAUGCUGUUGGAAUGUCAACAGCUCAUGAAGUUAUAGCAGCUCGUCACUGCAACCUGACAGUCUUCGCCUUCAGCUUGAUAACAAAUCUCUGCGUCUUUGAUUAUGACUGUCAUGAUGAAGCUAAUCAUGAGGAAGUUAUGGACGUGGGAAAAUCUCGACAGCCUGUUCUUGAAGACUUUGUUCGACGAAUGGUUCGACGGAUCAAGACUUACCUCUGAGACAAUUUAUUUUUAUUUAUCCGAUAAUUAUUAAAAUUUAUAAUUGUUCAUUAUUAAA